AUGUCCAAACCAGCGGGGUCGAAGCCCCGAGCGUCGGAGCCCGCGCGACUGCCGAGCAACCCUCCACCAAAUUCGCGAAAAGCAAGCAGUGGUCCGACAGGCGCAAGGUCUUCAUCUAAGUUCUAUGACGGUCCUACUGUGCCCAAGUCUGCUGUCGAGGCCAAGGCACAGGCGAAAGAUAUCGCUGGGAGAACAGUGGAGGUCGCCAAGUCAAAGUCCAGAAAGGCUGUGCGCGUAGCAAAGCGUCACCCCUGGUCUAUCCUCUCCAUCCUCACCACCCUACCCUUCCUCCUCACCAUAUCCCUCUUCUCCACCGUCCUUUGCCCCGCGCCCGAUACCCAGCCCUCUGGACUAUCGCGCUUCGUCCAGUCCCGGCUGGGCAUGUACGAUGGCCCCUCAGAGCUUCGUCAGACCCUCUGCUACCCCGCAAACCGAUACCACCAGCAAAUCCUCCAACCCUAUGUCUACCCUGCGCUCGAGAACGCUCGGACCCGAGUCGAGGCUACUUACCCCUACACCGAAUUCAUCCAGCCCGGAUACACCUUCUCGCGCGACCGCGGAACAAAAUUCUACAACACCUUCAUCAGCCCCGUCGUCAGGCGAUUAGAGCGCGGUGGACGGAGAGUUUACCUCACCCAGGUUCAACCUCACCUGCCGUGGGCACGGACAAAGUGGUACACUCUCACCGCGCCCUUCUCGGACCGCAUCUCCGCCGCACACCAGCAGUAUCUCGCCCCUCAUCUCUCUACAGCCAGGAAGUACGCCUCUCUGGCCGGUGGGAAUGCGGCCUCGAGCUACCGAUACGCUGCGGCGCACCCAUUGACCCAUCUCUCCCGGCGGUACGCGCAGACUACCUACGCUCUGGGCCUGAAGAAGGGAGGAGACGCCUACGUCUGGUCUCGUCCCCACGCGAUACGGCUGGUCAAGCAGGCGGAGAAGGUCACAAGGGAGCAGGUCAUACCGAGGGUCACGGCGGCGUUGAAGUUCGUGGUGGAUCAUCUGGAGGAGGGGUUCUACGUUGUCAAAGCUCAAGUCGCUCAGCAGUACAAGAUUCAUCUCGACCCUCAUCUCCACCCAUACACCUCCAAAGCCUCCGCUGCACUCUCUCCCUACACAACCGCCUUCAACCAAAAGAUCUACAAGCCCUAUCUGCGUCAAUACGUCAACUACCUCGUACCCGCCGCUCUGCUUGCUCCCGAGCCACCCAAGUCAUUCUGGACCAUGAUCUCCGACUUCCUACCUUCACCCGGAUCCCACGCGGCCCAGCGUAAGGGGAGCAUGACCGAGAAGGUCCGUCAGGCGGCUACGGGUGUCAAGUCGGACGUACGGGACAAGUCCAAGGUGGCGAGGGAGUCUGCGGCCAAGGUGUCUGCGGCGGCCAAGGAGAAGGCGUCUAGUGCGUCGGCUUUUGACACGGCUCGGGACGGCAUUGCGGCUCGUUUGGAGGCGCAGGGCAAGGCCAGCAUCGAAAAGCUCAAGCAGGAGUUGACUGGCGUCCAAACCAAAUUCCUUGCCGACACCUACCCCAAGAUGGCCGAUACCAACAAGAAGGAACUUACCAAAGAGGUCGACUACAUCCUGAGCGGGCUGGACAAGCUGUACUCGGAGUCUGGCGCCUUGACGAGGGAACAGGUGAAGCAAUCGGGGAUCAUGGCGGAGCAGAGGCUAUCGACCAAGCUGGCGACUAUCAAGGGGAGGGGUGGCGAGGUGGCGCGGGUCACGAAGGAUCAGGGGAAGCCGGCGAUGAGGCGGGAGAUGGAUGCUGUGGAUGCUGUUUUGGGCAAGGAGUGGACUGAUCUGGCCAUGAAGAUUGCCUGGAUCGACGGUAUCACCGCCAAGGACCGACAAAAGUUCAACGACCUCCGCAAGACCGCCGACGACUACAAGUCUCGGUUGUCCAAUCUGCACGACGGAAAGGUCCACGACAAGACCCUCUCGGCCGCCGAGUCCAAGCUCUCUGCUUCCAUCAAAGAACUCGCCACUGAGCUGGACGACCUUUACGCUGGAUACAAAGAGCGCGUCAAGAUCUUGCAAAAGUCCGCAGUGGACAAGAUUGCGGCGAGGGAGAUGAUCCGCGGAUCGCAGGUCGCUGCGUCUGCUGCCAAGUCAUCGGCUCAUACCGCGAACGGCGAGCGGGCAACCAUCCUCCCCAUCAUCCCAGGCGCGGUCGCCGCGGACGCACCGGUCGACGGCGUGAUUGGCAAGGGCAAGGAGCAGGUCAUGCAGGCGCUGUCGCAAGCUUCGUCGGCCAUGAAGGGGGAGGCUUCUUCGUCGGGUGUCGCGGAGCAGGUCGUCGCUUCGGCUUCCUCAGUCUACGACGCUGCUGCAUCAUCCGUCCACGAUGCCACUCGGUCCGCCAGUCGUGCGGUCGGUGCGGUACCCACCCCAGAGUCGGUCAACGAACACGUCGAGUCGGUCGUCGGACAGGUCAGCCAAGUCGCCGGUUCAGCGUACGAUGCAGCUGCAUCAGUCAUCCACGAUGCUACCCGCUCAGCCGUCCGUUCUGUCGGCGCGACCCCAUCCCCGGUGUCCCCGGUCGAACACGCUCAGUCUAUCCGGGACGCAGCUGCUCGGUCGGCCCAGUCCGCUGCUUCGGCUGCCAGCUCGGCGGUGCACCACGCCACACGGUCCGCCAUGUCUGCCGUGGGCAUCGCGCCCUCGGCUGAGAACCUCCAAGAGACGGCCGAGUCGGUCUACAGCGUGGCCAGUCAAUCAGCCUCCUCCGCGACUCGGUCCGUCAUCUCUGCGGCAGGCGCGACCCCUUCACCGGAGAACCCGGCCGAGUACGCCCAGUCGUACGCGGGGGAGAUCAGCAAGACCGCUGAAUCCCUUGCUAGCGUCAUCUCGGCGUCCGCCUCGUCUAUCGCUAGCGCUGCGUCCGCCGCGGUGCACGACGCUACUCGCUCUGCUAUCCGAGCGGCGGGUUCCACACCCAGCCCGGAGGGCGUGCAAGAGCACUAUGAGGCGUACGCGGCGGAGGUGAAGGGCUCCGUGGGGUCGGUCGCUGGCGCAGCGGAAUCGGCUGUACACUCUGGAACGAGGGCGAUCGUUAAGGCCGCUGGCGCGACUCCAUCCCCCGAAUCACCCCGAGAAACGCUCGAGUCUGUCGCGGCGGCAGCCUCAGCGUCUGCUUCGUCGGUGUACGACGCCGCCGCCUCGGCAGGUGAUAACGCCGUCAGCCAGGCAGCUCUGCUCGCCUCGUCAAUCCAGUCGGCAUUAGGCUAUCAGGCGACCCCUAUCCCUACACCCGUAGCGUCCAGCGCAUCCGCAUACCUCGCGUCCCUCUCGUCAGCGGGUGUAUCGGUCGGUAAUGAGGCGCUCAGCUCGGGAUCAUCCAUCCUUGCAGCGCUGCAGAGUCAGGUGGCUGUCGGCCAGGGAGAGGCAGGGAAGAAGGUCAAGGAGGCGGUGGAGCAGGUGCGGGGUGUGGUUGGGGGACGGGUGGAGCUUUGA